AUGGCGGCGGUCCCGACGGAAGAGGAGCGCGCGCAGGUGCUGAGCGCGUACAAGGCCAAGGUCAUGGAGCACCGGGAGAUCGAGAGCAGAGUGAAAAACAUGCGAGAAAACGUCAAGACACUUGUGAAGGAGUUUAACAAGACGGAGGACGAUCUCAAGGCUCUGCAGAGUGUGGGUCAAAUCAUUGGGGAAGUGCUGCGUCAACUGGACGAAGAUCGUUUCAUUGUCAAGGCGUCGAGUGGUCCGCGAUACGUCGUGGGAUGUCGCGCAAAAGUGGAGAAGAGCAAGCUCAAGUCGGGCACGCGCGUGGCGCUGGACAUGACGACGCUCACGAUCAUGCGCUACUUGCCACGCGAAGUCGAUCCGACAGUGUACCACAUGCUGAACGAAGACGCUGGCAACGUGUCGUUCUCAAGUAUUGGCGGGCUGAACGAGCAGAUCCGAGAGCUUCGUGAAGUCAUUGAGCUGCCACUCACUAAUCCGGAGCUGUUCCUGCGUGUGGGCAUUAAGCCGCCGAAGGGCGUGCUGCUGUACGGGCCACCUGGUACGGGCAAAACGCUGUUAGCACGUGCACUGGCGUGCAAUAUCAAUGCCACCUUCUUGAAAGUCGUGGCGAGUGCUAUUGUUGACAAGUACAUUGGUGAAAGUGCCCGUGUGAUUCGCGAGAUGUUUGGAUACGCUCGCGACCACCAGCCAUGCGUUAUCUUUAUGGACGAAAUUGAUGCCAUCGGCGGAAGCCGUUAUUCGGAGGGCACGUCCGCUGAUCGUGAAAUCCAGCGUACGCUGAUGGAAUUGCUGAACCAGCUCGACGGGUUCGACGCUUUGGGACAGGUGAAGAUGGUCAUGGCUACAAACCGACCAGACAUUCUGGAUCCGGCUUUGCUGCGUCCAGGUCGUCUUGAUCGUAAGAUCGAAAUCCCGCUCCCGAACGAGGCUUCACGCAUGGACAUUCUCAAGAUUCACUCCGGCCCCAUUACGAAGAAAGGCGAGAUCGACUACGAGUCGAUUGUCAAGCUCACGGACGGUUUCAACGGUGCCGACAUGCGCAACGUGUGCACUGAAGCAGGUAUGUUUGCGAUCCGUGCUGAUCGUGAGUACGUGGUGGAGGAGGAUUUCAUGAAGGCGGCGCGAAAGCUGGCGGAGACCAAGAAGCUCGAGUCCAAGAUGGACUACAGCAAAAUUUAA